CAAAUAUUAAACAGCACAGUGAGGAGACAGAGUCAAUUUCCAGAAAUACAGCAGCUCCAAAUUCUCCUAUUCCUCUUCUAAUGAUUGUAAACCCAAAUUUAGAUGAUUCAAUUUUCAGAAGCUGCUUAACAGUUUUUUUUUCUUGUUCUGUUAUACGCAUCUGGUAAAUUUCCCCUGUUUCUCCUGUGUUCGAUGAUGGAAUUGAAUCGAAAUUGCGCAAAUUUUGGCCAGUUUUCUUCGAGAAUAUAACUUUUCAAGGUCUGUAUUUAUAUCUAUAUGACUAUAUAUUUAUUCUUUUAAUCCUCUUUUAACUCUUUAUGUACACACGGCCGGUUUCAAGUUCUGUUAUGAUUCUCCUAAUCUUCUGAAUGGCGAAAUUUUCAGCAAUAUUUCCCUAAUUAAUACAGGAUUUCUAGGUAUCUUUUCUUUUCCAAUUUUGAGGAGUUAGAUUGUUGUUUCUAUACUUAGAAAUAUAAUCCCUGUGUUUUCCAAAAUCAGCCACUCCAAAUUUCUCACUCUGACAUUUAUCAUCAGUUAUCUUCUCGAAAUCCUUUGAAUUUCUUUUAUAUUGUGAGGGUUUUAGGAGAAAGAUCUCAAUUUUGCAUCACAAUUCCCCCGUCAUUUGACCUUCAAAUUCUCAUUUUACUUGUUCCAAUUCAUUAAUGGGAAUUCAAAAGGAUAUGGUGAGGUUCAAUGUUGGUGGAAGAAUCUUCGAGACCACGGCCACAACCAUCGCCAACGCGGGUCGGAAUUCCCUGUUUGGAGCUAUGUUUGAUGACAAUUGGGACCUUCAACGGAGUGCCACCGCAACCACUGAACACUUCAUUGAUCGUAACCCAGAUUGCUUUGCAGUCCUCCUUGACCUCCUCAGAUUAGGGGAGCUUCAUGUUCCCCCAAACAUUCCUGAAAAAUUGCUAUAUAGGGAGGCCCUGUUUUAUGGCCUCUCAGACCAUGUUAGAUCAGCCAAGUGGGGCCCAUUCGAUGGAAAUAAGCUACAUUUGGCUCGGUCCAUAACCGGUCAGGCGCCCGGUGAUGGCACUGCCAUUCGGGCCGGUCCAGAUGGUGGCUGCUGUGUAGCUCAUGGAAGCAUGGUUCAUGUUUACGAUUGGAUGCUAGAAGAGCAUUCUCCUAUCACUCUUGAUUACCAGAGGGUGAAUGAUGCAAUUUGGGUUGAUUCGAAAAGCGUUGUGAUAAGUGCUUGCGAACGACAACGCCGAGGCGAGGGAGGCAUGGGGUUGUUCAAGGGAGGCAUGGGGUUGUUCGGUGCAUCAACAGGAGAAUUAAGGUACAGAUUUCAUGUAACACAUGAGAAUCAGGUCAAAAGUUACACAGCUGGUGCAUUGAGUUUUAGUUCAGAUUUUAAGUUGUUUUCAAGUUGUAAAGGUAGAAGCAAUGAGUAUGGUAUUGGUGCUUGGGAUCAAGUCACUGGAAAGCAGAUAGAUUUUUUCUACGAGCCAUCGGGAUGGUCACUUGGUGAUGCUGACAGACUACAAUGGCUACAUGGUACCAAUUGUUUGCUAGUCGCAACUUUAUUUCCGAGGAAGGAUAAUUGUUACGUCAGUUUGCUGGAUUUCAGGGAUAAAAGCAUGGUUUGGUCAUGGUCUGAUAUUGGGGCUCCCAUAACCGAUGAGCGAAGGGUUAGAGACGCAAUAGCUAUGGAGGACACCAAUUCUAUAUGUGUAGUUAACGAAUACGAAGAUUUGGGGUUUAUGGAUUUGAGGUUUGCUGCUGGGAGUGUAAAGUGGAGCUCAAGAAGUCGGCUAAUGAAGGGGAAAAUGCCAGAUGAACCGUGUUAUCCUAAACUGGCAUUGCACGAAGGGCAGCUAUUUUCAUCGAUGAAUGAUAGUAUUUCAGUGUUUGGUGGUCCUGAUUGGGUAUUGACAUCAAGGCUACGGAACAGUUAUGGUGGUUCUAUUUGUGAUUUUUCAAUUGGAGGCGACAGACUCUUCUCUCUACACAGCGAGGAAAAUGUUUUCGAUAUAUGGGAGGCUCGACCCUCACCAAUUAUUAUGUGACUUAGUUUCCAUUUUCUUUCUUUAAACAUUAGGUGAUGAAACUACAGUUCAUGAUUUGUAGGUUAUAGAAGCAAAUGAGUGUCAUCUCGAAUUUAUCUGUAGAUUCAUAAUGAUACAGAAAGUGAACUGAUUGCUUAUCAACCACAUAGUGAAAUAUCCUUUUGCUCAUAUUUUAUAUGUACACAAUCUGAUAUCAUUCUGUUGAUUCUUCUUGAGACAACAGAAUAGAGUCAUUGAGAAGCCUCUUUUUCAACAAAACACCCCAUAAACAAUCUUCUUUUGACCUUCACUUUACAAAGAAGGAUUCUUAUCCAUGUGCUAGUUUAUGACUUUACCCCUUUGUAUGAGAUUCCAGAUUCCACAAAGAGAAUGCCAGCCUUGAAGAUAUCCAAAGCAUGUGAGCAGCUGGGAAAAAAUUGAAUCAGUUCAUAGAGGCAAAGUAGGUGAAUUCUACUUUGGUUUCCAUCCAGUUCAAUACGAGUCGGCUUGAUCUAUGUUUGGCUCAAGCUUGGUGGAUACGAGACCUAAAGUGCACGUUUGCAUGCAGUAUUGGAUGUAUUGAACACGACCAUAAAAAGGUUAUCUAAAGAUCAUCUUUUCCGGUGGAAUUAUGCUCUUUAGCAUAGUUGGUGUUAUAACAUCGAUCUGAGUUGCACUAAAGUCGCAUUAAAUAAUAGACACAAUUAAAUAGGUCACAUAAUUUCACCUUCAAUUGAGUUUAUCACAUUAUGACACUUAAACUGGUGCUCUAACUGCACUGGUGCUAAAUAGCAAUAUUCUUUCCAGUCAAGCUAUUUAUGAUGAUACUUACAACAAUGAUAUUCAGACACUUCUUUUAA